AUGGCUGGUCUAAGUAAAAUAGCUCCCGUUUAUCGACACGGCUUUAUAUUAGCAUCAAGUAUGGCUUUGAGUUAUUGGUGGACAUUAAGAUGGCUAAAGGCUCGUUCGAAAAAACUUUUAACAAAAGAUGUCAAUUCGGCUAUCGGUGCUAGACUUAUGAAAAAAGAUAAAGUUGCGGUUGAUAAAAAAUUUCUACGAAAUAUUUUAAUAUUAUUGAAAAUACUCGUACCAAAACUAAUCUCAGGCGAGACAUUUUAUUUAGUACUUAUUGCUUGCGCUUUAAUCGCAAGAACAUAUGCAGACGUCUGGAUGAUUCAGAACAGUACUGCUGUGGAAAGUGCCAUUAUUGGUCGUAGUUCAAAAUUAUUUAAAGCCAGUCUCUCAAGAUUUGUUUAUGCAAUGCCAAUGAUUUCAUUAGUCAACAACGCCUUAAAAUAUGGAUUAGACGAAUUAAAAUUGCGAUUUCGAUGCCGUUUAACGAAAUACUUGUACGAUCAAUAUUUAAAAGGUUUUACAUAUUAUCAAUUAAAUAAUUUGGAUAGUCGCAUAACUAAUGUAGAUCAGUUGUUAACCCAAGAUGUUGAAAAAUUUUCAACUUGUAUUGCGGAUUUAUACACGAAUAUUAGCAAACCAUUUUUAGACAUUAUCAUUUUUUCAAAAAAGCUCACAAGUUCAAUUGGGCCCACUGGUCCAUCCUAUAUGGUUCUUUAUCUCUUAUUCUCUGGAUUUAUUUUGACAAGAUUACGACGGCCCGUCGGUAUGAUGACCGUUACUGAGCAACAAUUUGAAGGCGAAUUUCGUUAUGUCAAUUCGAGAUUAAUAACGAAUUGCGAAGAAAUAGCAUUUUAUAAAGGAAAUCGACGUGAACAAAUAAAUAUUCGUGAUAGUUUUGAUCGUUUGAUUAAGCAUUUGCGUAGUUUUAUUAUAUUUCGCAUGUCAAUGGGUUUUAUUGAUAAUAUCGUUGCUAAAUAUAUUUCAACAUGUGUUGGCUACUAUGUUGUUUCAAGACCAUUUUUAAGUCUGGCGGAUAAUAAAUAUGCGAAUGCAUCACAAAGUGAAUUAUUAGAAGAUUAUUAUACAUCUGGUCGAAUGUUGGUAAAAAUGGCCGAAGCUGUCGGCAGAUUGGUUUUGGCUGGAAGAGAAAUGACAAAAUUAGCAGGAUUUACCACACGUGUUACUGAUUUGAUGACCGUUCUACGUGAUAUUAAUCAAGGAAAAUAUGUGAGAACAAUGAUCAGUAAUGCCAGCACAAAUAAUAACAAUAUUAAUCAGAAUAGUAGUCAACCAAAACUUGGUUUGGGCAAAAUCCAAUUACAAGAUCGAAUUAUUAAAUUUGAAAACGUUCCAUUGAUCACUCCAAAUGGCGAUGUAUUGAUUGAAAGUCUCAAUUUUACUGUCAAAUCUGGUCAAAAUGUUAUUGUCUGUGGACCGAAUGGUUGCGGAAAAUCAAGUUUAUUUCGAACAGUUGGUGAACUAUGGCCGAUUCAUGGGGGUACUCUGACGAAACCGAGUGCGGGACAAUUAUUUUAUAUUCCACAAAAGCCAUAUAUGACAAUCGGAACGUUACGUGAUCAAAUAAUUUAUCCAGAUUCCAGUGAUGAUAUGCGUCGCCGUGGUUUAACAGACAAAGAUUUAUUAGAAUUGUUAGAACGAGUUCAAUUAACUUAUAUACUACAACGUGAAGGUGGAUUUGAUGCAACACAAGAUUGGAUGGAUGUACUAAGUGGUGGAGAAAAACAAAGAAUUGCGAUGGCUCGAGUGUUUUAUUCAAAGCCGCAGUUUGCAAUUCUUGAUGAAUGCACCAGUGCUGUUUCGGUAGAUGUCGAAGCAAAUAUGUAUGAAUAUUGUAAAACGGUUGGUAUUACAUUAUUCACAGUCUCUCAUAGAAAAUCAUUGUGGAAACAUCAUGAAUAUUGCUUGUAUAUGGAUGGCAGGGGGAAAUAUGAGUUUAAACAUAUUGAUGAAAAUACUCUCGAAUUUGGAUCUUAA